GAAUUAACGGGCAAUGGCGGUCGAUCGGUCUCGGUCUGCCGCUGUUAAAUGUCAAACGCCAGCGGGGAUCGCGGAGUAGCGACCUGCCGGGGGACGUUCUUGUUGGAGAUGGCUGCGAAGGAGCCGAUCGUCGUCGAGUCGAUCGACAGCGGCAUAGCCGAGCCCGAGAUCGAGCCCGGCGCCUCCACGGAGACCAUGCUCGUCACCACCGACAGCUUCGACGAGUACGAGCAGGAGAUGAGCAGCAGCAUCGACGGUGACAGGCAGAUGAAGGAGAGCACGACCAGCACUAUCUCCGAGAUCCAGGAGGACGUGACGCAGGACGCUCCGACGAUACCCACCGCCGCCAGUCCGCCGGAAUCCGAGAAGAACCUACCCCUGGACGACGCGGAAAUGGACGACGUCGCGCAUCGUCUGUGCCAAAGUAACAUAGACGGCGACCCGCUGCGCUGCAAAGCGUGGCUGGCGCAGAAGAAGCACAUUUUUAUCCUGAGUCAGGCGGGGAAGCCGAUAUAUUCCAGAUACAGUUCGGAGGACAAACUAGUCACACUUAUGGGAGUUAUGCAGGCUUUGGUGUCGUUUGUCCAAGCUGGUAGCGAUAUGAUCAGAUCGGUGCACGCCGGCGAUACAAACUUUGUUUUCGUUGUCAAGGGUCCAUUGAUCUUAGUGGCGGUGUCCAAGACUUUGGAAAGUGUUCCUCAGCUCACCUUGCAACUAACAUAUGUAUAUAAUCAGAUAAUCUCAGUGUUGACGCAGUCGCAGUUAAACAGAGUGUACGAUCAGAGGAGAAACUUCGAUCUACGAAGGUUACUGAGUGGUAGCGAAAGACUGAUAGAUCAUUUGUUGAACUUUAUGGACAGAGAGCCCGCUUUCUUUCUGGGAGCCAUCAAAUGUUUACCGCUACUUCCUUCCAUGAGAAGUUCCAUCACGCAGACUAUCAUUCAGACUUGCGCAAAGAUCAAGAACUUAGUAUUUGCCAUACUUCUAGCUAACAAUCAAUUGGUUACACUAGUUAGGAUGAAUAAGUUUUUCCUGCAUCCAAUGGAUUUACAUAUAAUACAAAAUCUGGUGGACAGUUCGGAAUCGCUCAAAACUGCUGAGAGCUGGACGCCGAUAUGCCUACCGAAGUUCGAUUCCAAUGGAUACAUGCACGGUCACGUGUCGUAUCUGGCGGAAGAUUGUCAGGCAUGUUUACUGCUGCUCACCGUCGAUAGGGACGUAUUUUUCGUGCUGUCAGAGGCCAAGCAAAAAAUCGUGGAGAAAUUGCGACGGACAAAUUGUCUGGAAGCGAUAAACGAGUCUAUGAAUAAACCGACGGUAACGACCGCCGACAUCGGAUUACCCGAGAUGCGGCACGUUCUGUACAAGUGCAAGAGUACCGCGCAAUUCUGGAGUCCCGGGCUUCUACCGCCUUACACAACGGACGAAGAGAUAGAACGAUUAUUGGGGCUUUAUCAGUGUUUGCAUCACAGACUGCAUUCUCCUAGUCGGCCCUUGAAACUUAUAUUUCAGCAGCUAGAUAAGGAAACGAUGUUAGCGUGGGUGGCUUCUGGUUUCGAGUUAUACGUAACGUUUGAGCCUCUGGUAACGAAACCAGACGCCAUUGAGGCGGUGAGCAAACUGUUGAAGUGGAUAAAGAAGGAGGAAGAGAGAUUAUUCAUUCUGAACUCGCCUACAUUUUAAACAUUGCCAAGUGUUUCGUUUUUGUAAAAUACAUAGGGAAAGUUAUAUAUAAAAUAGAAAUAUCUGUCGACCAAAUUUUGAGGAUGCAUCGAGAGUGAUUCCAGAGUAAAACAUUCUCGUCGUAAGUUUCCAGAGGCAGACGGUUAUUAUUCGUCCAUCAUUAUGCAUCGGUAAUCGAUAUCGCUAUUUUUUUAUUUAAUAAAGCAAUUGUAAUAUAA